AGUAACUCGUUCCUGUAUGGCUUUUAAAGUCGGGAUCGAGAUUCGCAGACGGCAUGUUUUGCAACAGACGUGACAUUGUGGUGUUUUUGAAAGGUUUUUGACGUUUUAUGCAUUUGUAAAAGAGAAGCAUUCAGAAUCCAUACAUCAUGGGUGGUUCACAGUCGGCGGAGAAGCAGGCUACACAGACAAACAACUUACAAACCCAGCACACCAACCAGAAUUACCCUAGUGAGUGUCCGAUGCAUCAGGGAACACAGCAGGUUCAACAGAGUUAUCCCAGUGAAUGUCCGAUGCAUCAGGCAACACAGAAGACCUACCCCAGUGAAUGUCCGAUGCACCAACAGCAGAACAAAGCAAACGAUGAAGAAAUUGACCCUAGGAAUAUGAUGCCUCCCCCCAACCAGAGGCCCUCUCCUGAUCAGCCAUUCCCCCUGUCUACGGACCGAGUCGUGUCCAACAUACCAAAGACAGGCAGUGAAGAGAACUGGGUCUAUCCUUCUCCUCAGAUGUUCUGGAACGCCAUGCUCAGAAAAGGAUGGCGGUGGAACAAGGGGGACAUUGAGGAGGAUGACAUGGAUAACAUUAUCAAGAUCCACAACGCUAACAAUGAACAGGCCUGGAAGGAAGUGUUAAAGUGGGAGGCACUACACGCAAGAGAGUGCUCAGAGCCCACAUUGAAGCGUUUUGGAGGGAAAGCCACAGACUACUCUCCCAGAGCCAAGAUAAGACAACGACUCGGGUACUCACUGCCAUUUGAUCGCCAUGAUUGGAUUGUAGAUCGUUGUGGUCGAGAUGUGCGAUAUAUCAUUGAUUAUUAUGAUGUGGGUGAUGUAGAUAAAAAGACAUACGAGUUCACAGCGCUUGAUGUGCGGCCAGCUUUUGACUCGUUCACAGCCGUUAAAGAUCGAUCAAAGGUUGCAAUGAUGAGAUGGAGCAUGGAAUUAAAGGACAAAUUCUCAUUUGGUUCCAAAUCUAGUGAUAUGGAACAAAGCAAAACAUGACAAGAAUUGGUUUGAUGUAUCACAUAAACUUGAACAUUUCGUCUCUGUGAUUGCUCAUGCUUCUGUGUGCAAGUCUAUUAUGUGACACGAUGGAAACACGGCCUGUUGUGACACCGUGUUGAUGUGACAUACGAUCAGCUGUGUUUGGUGUUGUUCUGCAUACUAUGUGAUGCCAAACACUUUUUAGAAAAAUUUGUUUAACCAAUAUUACUAUGCAAGACAUAGUGAGGUAUAAAAAAAGUUUCCUUAAACAACUUUUGUGGGAUUUUUUUUUUUAAGUGUAUGUCUAUAAAGCCAAUAUCUAAUACAAGUGAAAAUUUCUGAUUUUCGGAUUUGUUUGUGAAAUGAAUUGAUAGUUGUACCUGCUUUAACAGUAUUUUCAUCAAGUCUGAACAGCUUGUCAACACCUGUGUCGAGUAUAAAACAGUGUGUUAUUAUGUCCCUUGAAUUUUCUCUAUAUGUCAACUAAUUUUUAAAAGCUUGCUUACACUAUGACAAGUCUGUACUAGUGUUUCACAUUUUCUAUUUAUUACAAAAGUACAAAAUAAAACAUGUUUGCAUAGUAUAUAACAGCAAGAAUUUGUCAUUAUCAUGGAAUUUGUGAAUGAUUCAUCAUUGUUGUGUAUGAUUGUUGAUGCAUGUAGUUAUGCAACAUUAAACUCUACCAAACACAUAA